AUGAAACCCAUUCUAGAUGAAUCUACUGAUGUACCUGUUUCUAUUCUUCCAAUUAGUGAGAUUGAGAAUCUGGUAAGGGCCAAAGAUAUUAUUUCUCUAGUUUCUAGGCCGUAUUUCGCGGCCGCCAUUAAAUCACUCUAUCCCCCCGUGAUGAACCUUAUGGACGAUCAGAAUGUGAUACAGCAGGUGAUGGUGACGGUCUAUUAUCAGGAAAACCAGUCUGAGAGCGCGCUGCAGACAGUUAAGACCAACCUCGUCAGUGCGUUUCAGGACUGCGGCACUGGGAGCAUUGCAUUGGCAGCGCUUAUGUUCAAGCAUCCCAUUGUUCUAAGUAGAAUUUUCCAAAAGCUCACAGAGAUCACCAUUUUAGACACAGAAAGCAUGAUACUUUCAUUUGAAAAGCUUAAUACGCCAUCAACCCGGUACUUCUUCGAGGUAGUUACAGCAGCCUUGUCAUCAUUUACUUUGCAUCACGAGCACCUAGUAGCGUUUAUCAAUUACUUGCUUGCGUUCCCAGCGUCCUUUGAUGGCCUUGUGUCUUUGUCUGGAUACGCCUGUUUUCAGACCUUGUUGGAAGCGCUGUUUGUAGUUAAAUUAAAUAGAACGAUGGAGGUUACCUCCAAGAUAACCUCUGCGUGGCGUGAAGGAGGCAUGGGGUCCAGGAUGCUCACAUGUCUGAUCCGCUCCUUUUCAUAUACGAAUCGCACGAUCACCUGUGUAGAUCUUACCAGAGGGAUUGCCGAUAUAUUAAUAAAGGGACUACUACUGGACAUUGAUUAUAUAGUCGAAAGUACACUUGAGGCGAUUCCCGAGCUGACUAGAAUCAUCGCAUUUUCAGACCAAUCUGCAGCAUACACAGAUUUGUGCGACUUUGCUGAUCAUAUUCACAUGAAGGCGGACGCCCUUCGCUCCCUUGUUGACCUGUGGGUUUGCGCUGUGAGAUGCCUUAUGAUACGGAUACACCAGAACGCUGUUUCCAUCUACUCGUACCAAGACAGUCCUAUAUAUGCCUCUGGCGCGACUAUCACUGUCUCGGAUAUGAAACAGCACAACAUUUUCGUGGUAGAUAUCUUUCAGCAGUUCAUAGAUGUGUUGCAAAGCGGAGACUUUUCAAUGACUCUGGUAGGAGAUUACAUGCAUCCACCAAUACUGCACUUAACUCUACAGAGACUCACAGCGGUAGCGCGCUUGCUCUGCGUGGCUGGGGACAUACGUAGCUUUCAUUAUUUCAAGACACAUGGAUACUAUCCGCCAGAUUACUUUAUGGAUCCUGAGAAUACUCACAGCACAACUAACCACCAAAUUGGAAAGGUGUACGGUGCCCUGCCACCGACUGCGCACCUCACCAUCAUUGGGUCUGACGAUGUACCAAUAGAGGAGCUGUGUCAGACUGACAAUGGAGCUGUUGUCGAGGCCUCUAUGCUUGGAAUUGUGAAAGCGCUGCUGCAAGCUAAUGUGCACGCCUUUGUCAACUGCAUUUUCAGCAACUCGUCUAAUGAUUUGCAGUGCUUACUUUCUCUCUGUACAGCCGUUGACUCCCUUCUUCUGGAAUACAGGUUCAUGAUUCCGCAGCUAAUAGAACAGGUUGUAGCCAAUGAGUACAUCACUACUCUAUUUUCUGAUACUCUCAAAGGCAUCUCCUCGUUAGUUGCUCACAACUCAAACUUCACAGUGGAAGAGAGCCUUACGGAUAGGCUUACAAAUAGACAUAGGUUACGCCUACCUUUGAAAGCCGUUUUUGUUUGCUCUUUUGUCCAGAACCUUUACAAGAUGCUCGACAAUGAAGGCGAUAGAAGACAGUUAAUAGGAAAAAGAAUGCUUAGUCUGCAGAACAUAAAGAUCUCGUUCACAAGCGAAUCCCAGCAACAGAAGCGUGGACAAGACCCGCUGGCUUCAUUCCUCAAUGAAGGGUCUGUUAUACACAGUAUACUCAGGUACAGCUCACCUUUGUAA